GGUGAGGUAUGUUUUGUGUUCGCCAGUUUAUUUUAAUGGUAUGGUAUUUUUCUGUCUCCAAGAUUUCAUCAGAUAAAAUUCAAUACACCCGUGGGAGAUUCGGUAGAAGAUGGGGCGGAGUUUCGCCCAGACCUUCUUUACUCGCAUCGCUUGCCUGAUAUUUUACGCAAUAUUUAGCUCAGUAUUUAUGCUCAUUGACCAUAUUAAAGGGUUUAGUAGGUCACUGAUCGUGUUGAAUGGUAUUGCAGUUUUAAUGUACGCUUAUGUUGUGAUCCCAAUUCAUAACUCUGGUUUUAAUUUAUAAUGAUCCUUGAAGAACAAAAUGACUGAUUCCGGAAUUCUAAGCUUCAAGACGCCUGAGGAAAUGCAUGAAUACAUGAAAAAUAUCGGAUUGGGUUUUGAAUAUAGUUGUAUACGUGAAAACAAUCCCGUCAGUUGUCAUUCAUGGGCACUAUGGUUCAGUAAUUAUAAAAGGCUAGUUACCAACGGUGCAGACAUUCUCAAAGAAAACUGCUUCAAGCGUAAUUAUGGAGAUAGUUGCUAUCAAUAUGGGUCAUUAAAAGUCGUUGGCGAUAAAGGCGUAUUGAGAGAUUCAUUUGAGGCUUUCCGUGCAUUCGAACAUGGUUGUAAGGCAGGGAAACAAGGGCAAUGUUGCCAAGCUGCUGGACGUCUAGUUGCUGAUGGUAUAGCUAGCCAUGCACCAAAUUUAUCUGUUGCAAUGUCACUAUUCGAAUUAGGUUGCCAAAAUAGAGUGCCAGAGAGUUGUUUUCAUCUUGGUGGUGCAGCAAUGGUAUUAGCUAAAGAAAAUGACAAAUCAACUAAUUCAGAAAAAUCUCCUAAUCCUACUGGUAGUAACGAUAGUAGUCGUCUACGUGUUGAAGCAUUCAAAGCAUGGAUGGAAGGUUGUAAAUUGGGCCAUGAAUUCUGUUGUCGUAAUAUUGCAAAAAUGUACUCCAAUGGUGAUGGUGUUGAAAUGGAUGAAUUGAAAGCAAAAGAUUUCCUAUUAAAAGCUGAUCAAUUGGCGACACAUAACAACGUGACACAUACUUCUACUACUAAUACUGCUGUGAAUAAAACCGGUACAUGA